AUGGCUGGUAAUGAUGACAACAAACCGACAAACAAUGAAACAGGUAUUCAAGAAACAAACGACAGCAAUGAAAACAGUUCCGAAAACAUUCGAGAAGAAUACGAAUUUUUGGAUUCAAAAUUGGAUGAAUUAAAUGUAGCUCUAGACUUUUUAGAACAAAAAAAUGAUGACAUUCACAAGAAACUGAAAGAGCUUCUACAAUCAAGUAUUGAUAUUCGUCAGCAAUUAAAAAACGAAAACAGCCAAGAUAAAGAAAUU